AUGUCUCCCCAAAAUGGCGUUGAUCCUCAGGAAAGCAGAAAAGCUGCGGAGCUGAUACAAAGGUCAUAUAGAGGAUAUCGUACUCGGCGCGAGCUCAAAGGCCAUGGCCUCGAUCCCACGAGCAAAUGGCUAGAGUACCACCAAGUGACAAAGCCUAGAAGCCCAGAGCAAACCAACGCAGCGAGCCAGAAGUGGCAUACUGUGACAAGUAUAGCUCGUCAUGCAGGUGCAGACGAUUCCUCCUCGUCCGAUGUCUCAAUAUCUGAAGCCUCGGAUUCGGCGCCGGAGGAGGCAGAUGGGAGGUCCAAAGAUGAACAGAUCAAGCGCGAUCAGCGGAAAGCCAUGGCUAAAGAGAAACGUAAAAGAACCGCCAAGAUGAUGGAUCUACAGUACUUUCUGGAAAUGGUUGACCAGAAACAUCGCUACGGCUCGAGUUUGAGGAAGUAUCAUGCCGUUUGGAAGACACAAGAUACCAAUCAGAACUUUUUCUACUGGCUUGACCAUGGUGAAGGCAAGGACUUCGAGCUCGAAGAGUGCUCUAGAGCUCGCCUGGAAAGAGAGCAGGUGCGAUAUCUCUCAAGAGAAGAACGUCAAGAUUACCUGGUCAAAAUUGAUAAAAAAGGCAGGCUGAUCUGGGCUAAGAAUGGCGAGCCAGUAUGGACGAAGGACGAAUUGUAUCGAGACAGUGUGAGAGGUAUUGUGCCCGUCAAAGACAAGAGUCCCAUCUGGAGGGAACACACGACGCGUGAAGGCGAGGUUGAUUCUAGCUCAGGCAGCGAUUCGGACACGGACGAUGAAGACCAAGAAACCGAAGAGCAAAAAAGUGGUCUCGAAGGCGAGCGAUACGUCAAUGAGGAUUUCCAUCGCGCCAGAGGUCCUGCCAAGCUCAAGCAUGUCAGUGCUGCUGUGCUUUUCAACCAUAUGGUCCGUCAAAGUCUCAAAAAGGGCCACAAAUGGAUAUUUGUAGCAGACGUUAGCUUUCACCUGUACAUUGGCUACAAGCAAUCUGGUGCCUUUCAACACUCCUCGUUCCUGCAUGGAUCUCGCAUUCUUGCGGCUGGCCUCAUCAAGGUCAAACGCGGUCAGUUACGCAGACUGUCCCCGCUCAGUGGGCAUUAUCGACCUCCUGCUGCUAACUUCCGCGCUUUCGUUCACAGUCUGGAAGAUGCUGGAUGUGACAUGUCACAUGUGUCGAUUUCAAGAAGCUAUGCAAUUCUCGUAGGCAUGGAGGGAUAUGUCAAAACCCGGAAACGGAUCAAGAAAGCAGAGAAAGCCGUAGGAUACCAAUUUGACAAGGCAGUACGACCUGAGAAGUUGAAGGCUGAGGAAGAGGCCGAGCAAGACAAAUCUCAGAGUGCUAGAAAGGAGAGAGAAUACCUCGAACAACAACGCCAGAACAAUUCCCCAGAGAAAACAGCCAAGCGAUCAAGCCACAACUUGUCUAAACGCUUAUCCAUUGCCUGGGGUCGAUUGACUGGCAGGACUGCAUCCAGCGAUCACGACUCGACCGGAGUGACUGAAGAAAGAGGUACGCCUGGUACAGGGCCCGAGGAUGGAGUCCCAGCACCAGAAGGGCGUCGACACAUGGAACCGACGAAGUGA